UGGAGUUUUCAAUGCAUCCGCGAUCCCUGCUACGCCCUCGAUUGGCGGGGAACCCUUCAACGUGUCGACACGAACGAAGCUUAGCGGAGGACGCGUCCGCCUCCGCCGCCGCCAACCGCCGUCUCGUUGGUUUGUCACCCUCCCACGGGGAAAAAGCAGCACGACGCGAUCGCGGGGCGGCGCGGGGAUCCGGCCGGACCUUAGGGCACGCUCGCCUUUGCCCUCCUUCCCAUGCCCCCCUAGCCAUCGCCGCCAUGAGCCUCUCCUCCCUCUCCCGCGCCCUCGUCCGGUCCGCGCGCUCCUCCCGGCCGCGGCAGGGUUCUCUGCUCGAGGGGUAUGCCGGGCUCCGCGCGGCGCCGCCGAUGCCAGGCACUGAUGGCGGCGGAUUGGGGUUUGUGCGCAGCUACUUGACGUCGGCGCUGGGGAGCCGAGCCACGGCGGCUACCGGCGCGGGGAAGGUCGGGGACUGGAGGUUCCUUCUCGUCAGCUCGCAGUUCCGGCGGCUGUUCUCCGAUGGGUCCGACAAGAAUUACAAGAAGUACCAUCCAAAGGAGAAGCAGGAGAAACCGACGGGGGAUGAGAGUGACAAGUCUGACUCCAAAAAGGAUUCCGAUUCAAAAGAUAAGUGGAAUUUCCAGGAGGAUGUUGUCAAAAAAUUCCAAGAAUUCCUUGCUCCUCUACUUUUUCUUGGCCUAAUGUUAUCAUCCUUACCCCAUGGUUUAUCUACACAGGAGAUAAGCUUCCAGGAAUUCAAGAACAAGUUAUUGGAACCAGGGUUAGUUGACCACAUUGUUGUUUCAAACAAAUCAGUUGCAAAAGUUUAUGUCAGGAGUUCACCCUCAAGCAACCAAAGCCAGGAUGGUGAUAUCCAUAUCACAACCAGUCAUCUUCCUGGCAGAGAGACUCCUAGCAGAUACAAGUAUUACUUUAACAUUGGAAGCGUCGACUCCUUUGAAGAGAAGUUAGAAGAGGCCCAGGAAGCAUUGGGGAGAGAUCCACAUGAUUAUAUUCCAGUUACUUAUACUUCUGAAAUAAAUUGGUUCCAGGAACUGAUGAAGUUUGCACCAACUGUUUUUCUUGUUGGAUUAAUUUAUAUGGCGGGGAAAAGGUUGCAAGGUGGAUUUAGUAUUGGGGGUGGUCCUGGGGGAGGAGCUCGUGGUAUUUUCAAUAUUAGAAAAGCUCAAGUGACAAAGAUGGACAAAAAUUCAAAAAACAAGGUGUUCUUUAAGGAUGUAGCUGGUUGUGAUGAAGCGAAACAAGAAAUAAUGGAAUUUGUGCAUUUCCUUAAAAAUCCCAAGAAAUAUGAAGAAUUAGGAGCUAAAAUACCAAAGGGUGCUCUUUUUGUGGGCCCCCCUGGUACAGGAAAAACGCUACUUGCUAAAGCUACCGCAGGAGAAUCUGAUGUGCCCUUCUUGUCUAUUUCUGGUUCAGAGUUCAUGGAGAUGUUUGUUGGUGUUGGACCAUCUAGGGUGCGGAACCUAUUUCAAGAAGCUCGACAAUGUGCACCCAGUAUUGUAUUCAUUGAUGAAAUUGAUGCGAUUGGUCGUGCAAGGGGGCGUGGGGGAUUUUCUGGUGGAAAUGAUGAGCGUGAAAGCACAUUGAAUCAGUUGCUUGUAGAGAUGGAUGGAUUUGGAACAACGUCUGGAGUUGUUGUUCUUGCUGGUACCAACAGACCUGACAUCCUAGAUAAGGCUUUGCUUAGACCAGGAAGAUUUGAUCGUCAGAUAAGUAUUGAUAAACCAGACAUAAAGGGACGUGAUCAAAUAUUUCACAUUUACCUUAAAAAGCUUAAACUAGACAAGGAGCCAUCAUUUUAUUCUCAAAGAUUAGCAGCUUUGACACCUGGGUUUGCUGGGGCUGAUAUUGCCAAUGUUUGUAAUGAGGCCGCUUUGAUUGCUGCAAGAAGUGGGGACACACUGAUUACAACCCAGCAUUUUGAAGCUGCGAUUGACAGGGUUAUUGGAGGUUUGGAGAAGAAAAAUAAGGUUAUUAGCAAGCUGGAGCGCCGAACUGUUGCAUACCAUGAAUCUGGUCAUGCUGUAGCUGGAUGGUUUUUGGAGUAUGCAGAGCCACUCCUUAAAGUUACAAUUGUUCCUCGUGGAACAGCUGCUUUAGGAUUUGCUCAGUAUGUCCCAAACGAGAAUCUUUUGAUGACAAAAGAGCAGCUUUUUGACAUGACAUGCAUGACACUAGGUGGCAGAGCUGCAGAGGAGGUUUUGAUUGGGAAGAUCUCUACUGGUGCUCAAAAUGACCUGGAGAAGGUUACUAAGAUGACUUAUGCCCAGGUUGCAGUAUAUGGCUUUAGUGAAAAGGUUGGGCUUCUUUCCUUCCCUCAAAGGGAGGGUGGUGUUGAAAUGAGCAAGCCAUAUAGCAGCCAGACCGCGUCCAUCAUUGACACUGAGGUGAGGGAAUGGGUGGCUAAGGCCUAUGAAAAAACUGUUGAUCUGAUAAAAACACACAAAGAGCAGGUUGCGCAAAUUGCAGAGCUGCUGCUUGAGAAGGAGGUCCUCCACCAAGAUGAUCUAGUUCGGGUACUGGGGGAACGGCCAUUUAAGACUGUCGAGCCAACAAAUUAUGAUCGUUUCAAACAAGGUUUCCAGGAUGAAGAGAGCGACAAGAGUGCUGAAGUCUCCGAUGCUGAUCCAUCAUCCCUGGGCAAUGUUGUGCCGAUGUAAUCUUGAGAACUUGUAUAUGUAUAUUGCAUUUUCUCCCAUAGAUUUGCUUCUUUGGCAUAAGAAGGCUGUAUAAAAGAACUCCGUGAUGAUUUGGUUCCUAUGCCGAAUCGGAACUGCUGUUGACUUUUCAUACUUGAGGUUCCUAUUGACUAUACUGAGAUUCACGAUUUGUCUCGGCGAUCUGCA